AUGGAAAACUCUUUGGCUAGAUCUAUACCUGAAGGUCACAGCCUCGGUGACGUCGGUAAGCACUCACGAGCUCGCGGCCUGCUUCGGUCCGCGAAGCGCAUACUCUCCCUUUUCCUCCCGCGAAAGAUAUUCGAUCACCAACAAAGAUCAGAAGAUAAAGUGAAGAUGAACAAUCGGGAAACCGGCCGUGAGCUCGUCCCUGUGGGGCCCCAGGCCAGACAGCCUAUGAUCGGCCGUGAGUUCACGAUGAACCGACGGCAACAGCUUCACGAGUCGAAUCGAAACCAUGAUGGACGGGUACGUCGUCCCGUAAUGGGCGACCAGAGAAACCCCCCGGACAUCCCAACGUACGACAACCCCGAUUCAUACAGAUUUAUGAUUUCCAGCCCGAGAACUGACGGUCGCAACUCCGAUUCCGCAUCAUCAAGUAGCGGGAUAAGCACAGCAGUGUCUCCAGGGCCAUCCACCCUAGUCAGCACAGGCAUUAGCACCGAUCAAACAACCCCAUCGGACCCACAAACCGAAUUUAGACUACCAGGUGAUUAUGAAGAUAUCAGAGCAACGUCGCUGGACCGCAUGUCCCAGGUGAACCUCUCCCCGGUUUCGACGAACAGCGAGUAUAACGAGCCGGUGUUCAUGAUCGGCAGCGACCCUAAAGAGAAGGUCCCGACAUUGAUGGCCCUGGACACACAAGCAUCAGCCAAUUUAAUGGAUGUUGAUUUACAGCGGGAGUUGAAGUUAGAGAUCGAGCGUUGCGAUCAGGAACUCGUCCCAUUGCAGACCAAAACCGGCAAAGACAGAAUCAAGCCGAUCGGCAUUGCAAAAGGCGUUGAAUGGCACUUUGCACAACGCGAGAAGACCUUCACCAGUGACUUCCUGGUUGUGGAUAUGAAGAAUUAUAACAUCAUCCUGGGAAGAAAGGAUAUCAAGAGAUUGAGAAUCCUCAAAUCCGGACCUGGCCUUGAACGGCGACCCAAGAGCAUAGAAAUUCGUUGCAUCAGGCCAGAAGAUGAAGACACCGUCUAUCUAAAGGCUGCUUUCUCUGAGCAAUUGGACGUCAAUAUUCUCACGCAGAGGGGUCUCCAAAGGCUGGAAGGAAUUCUGCUGCAGCGCAAUGAGAUACCCAAAACGUUCUACGAUUCCGAUAGCGUUUCAUACACAGUGCGCGAUGUAGUCCGCCUAAGUAUUGGGAAGAAAAGCGAAACCAAACUGUGGAGACAAGAUUUCUACGUUUCCCUGAACGACGUUGAAGCGCGCUUGGAUACCCAGUAUGAUGCGAUUCUAGGGACUCAGUGCAGUGUCGGACGGUUCACGGAUAAGAAUGCCCUUCCAGUUGCUGUUACCCAGCUCGCAUCGCAGAGUGCAAAUGAUAAGGCGGCCCAGGAGAAAAAGAAGCGGGAGAAAGAGGAAGCUUUGGCGAAGAAGAACCAGCAGUUGCGUGAACAGCAGAAAAAGCAGGCUUCUCAGGGUAAAUAA